AUGACCCAAGUCUGUCUGCUGGAUUCUGAUCGCCUGUCUUCGCUUUUACGAGAAGCUCUGUCCUGGAGUGAAAAUGUCUCGUCUCUCAUGGUCUCUGCUCUGAACGGAUCCAUACUCGCAUACGCUUACAGAGGCACUACGCCGUCGAUCAAAGCUAUGCGCACUCAAUCUACCACCAUGACUGCAGCUUACACGGUCGCCUCGGAGGACGUGCUUGUCUUCGAGGCACAAAACAUGGGAGCAAUCUCCGUCAUUGCUCCUGUUGCAGACCAUGUGCUGUUGGCCGUGACGGGACCUGAACCGAAGCAGAAACAGGCCCUGCAGAAUGGGCAUGACUCGUCCCAAGAGCACGGGCAAGUGGUCAAUGGAGUCGAAGAUCAUACAGAAGGCGAGGGAGGAGAAGAGAACGGCCCGCAGGACGAGGAGGAUAGAGAUAUACAGAAAAUUCGGGACGACCUUGAGGCUGUCAGCCAGGAACUGGCAAAUGUGCUUAGGGAAGAGCUCGCUGUGAUGAAGUGGCCUGACGAUAUAUGA